UUCACUGUUAUCAACCAGUUUAAUCCAAACAUGCUGUUCACAGCGCCCACCCACUAAGCUGCCUCUUCCUCCAUUGGCUUCAAAGUGAAAGACUUUCCUGUUGAGGACAGUGCUGGGCACUCUCAGCUUAUCACUGGUCACCUAUUUAGAGAAAUACUUUAGAAAGGUUGUUUACAUACAUGGUCAGGUGAGUUCCCUUAUAUUGUAAAUAAAUAUAUAUAUGUAAAUUCUUAUCUUGUAAUACCUUUUUUAUUGGACUAACAGAAUUUUUUAAUGACAAGCUUUCAGGAGAAAUACGGCUACAAUCUCUACUUAAAUAUAUAUAUAUAUAUAUAUGACUAGUUUCAAGACUUAACUGUACAUACGUGACAUAAAACCACAUAACACCUCAAUCAAUUAAAUGCCAAAAAAGAAAAAAAUUGCUUUAUUUGUCCAUUAAAUCAGAAAUAUGGUUUGAGUGUUAGCAUAGGGGUGAUAAAAUGAAAAGUUGUAAUGGGUAACAAAGCAGGUCUUAAAAUACAAAAAUAUUAGCAAAAAAAGCACUAAACAUAGUAAUAAUUGGCUGAUAUCCGUAUUUUUACCAAUCUUUACGGUGAAAUGCUGACAGACUGGGGUUUGCAAUAAACAUAACAAUGUGGUUAGAGGAGCUCCCCAGGUAAGAGAAUGACCACUACACACUGUCCCAGAGUGCCCCAUUAUUGCCCCAGGGCCCCACUGGGCGUUAUUCAAUGUUAUUCACCGCAGACCCGCUCCCUGCAGGCUGACUGACAGGGGAUUACAAUGAGCAGCAACUCAGCGCCGCAACAGUUAAAGCAUGGUGUUAAGUAACGACUGGCCCCGCCCCCUCACCGAGUGACGUCGUAUGUUAUGGUAGUCACCACGAGAGCACCGUUUCCGGUGUAAAGGUUCACUUCCUGUUCGGGCUCGGUGUCGGUCUGGCAGGAUUGGGCCCUGGAGAGACAGGUUGGUGCCGAUAAUGGAGCGCGGUUUCUCGUAGAUUAGGUUUCGCGCCUUGAUAUCGGAGGGAACCGAAACAAGUGCCAGUGUGGGACCAGGUGCCGGCAGAAGGAUCCCCGGGCACCGUAUGUCGGUCUGGGUCCGCUGUUGUGGUUGGUUUGUGCCAGCAGGGGGCUGGCUGUUGUGGUUAGUGUGUGCCGGCAGGGGGUGGGCUGUUGUGGUUAGUGUGUGCCGGCAGGGGGCGGGCUGUUGUGGUUAGUGUGUGCCGGCAGGGGGUGGGCUGUUGUGGUUAGUGUGUGCCGGCAGGGGGUGGGCUGUUGUGGUUAGUGUGUGCCGGCAGGGGGGCGGCUGUUGUGGUUAGUGUGUGCCGGCAGGCGGGCUGUUGUGGUUAGUGUGUGCCGGCGGGCGGGUUGUGGUUAGUGUGUGCGGCAGGGGGGCGGGUUGUUGUGGUUAGUGUGUGAGGCGGCAGGGGGCUGGCUGUUGUGGUUGGUGUGUGUGCACGAGUGCCGCAGGGGCUGGCUGUUGUGGUUGGUGUGUGCCGGCAGGGGGGGGGCUGUUGUGGUUGUGUGUGCCGCAGGGGGCGGGCUGUUGUGGUUGGUGUGUGUGGCGGGGGCUGUGUGUGGUUGGUGUGUGCCGCAGGGGCUGGCUGUUGUGGUUGGUGUGGGCUGGCUGUUGUGGCAGCAGGGGCGGUUGUUGUGGUUGGUGUGUGCCGGCAGGGGGCGGGCUGUUGUGGUUGGUGUGUGUGGGCAGGCGGGCUGUUGUGGGUUGGUUGUGGUUGCGGCAGGGGGCGGCUGUUGUGGUUGGUGUGCCGGCAGGGGGCUGGCUGUUGUGGUUGGUGUGUGCCGCAGGGGGGCUGUUGGUGUGUGUGCAGGAGGCGGGCUGUUGUGGUUGGUGUGUGCCGCAGGGGGCUGGCUGUUGUGGUUGGUGUGGGGCUGUUGUGGUUGGUGUGCGCCGGCAGGGGCGGCUGUUGUGGUUGGUGGGCAGGGGCGGCUGUUGUGGUUGGUGUGGUGUGUGGUGUGCGGCAGGGGGCUGGCUGUUGUGGUUGGUGUGUGCCGGGCUGUUGUGGUGGUGUGUGCCGGCAGGGGGGCGGGCUGUUGUGGUUGGUGUGUGGGCAGGGGGCGGCUGUUUGGUUGGUGUGCAGUGUGGUGUGUGCCAGCGGGAGCCAGCGGGGGUGGGUGGGCUGGUGUGUGCCAGCGGGGGGGGGGUGCCAGCUGGUCUCGUGUCAUUUCCGGUGAUGCAGGUAUAGAAAUCUGAUAGAUAUAGAUUUGUGUUAGAACAUUGGCCUGUAUGACAGGGCUAAGCUCAAUUAAGGUAAUGGAAGCUUGUUGCAAGAGCUUCUGGCUGCAAUGAUGGGUGCCUGGUGGGCCCCAGAUAAAUGGUCAAACAGCUUUUCUACUUACCCUGGGAAGGUGCCCAGCAGACUGUAGUGUUUAUGCUGCUAGGAGUGCUAUGGUUCCUUCCCACGGUAAGAUGUCACAUGGUGUAGUCAAAGCCGGAUGUGAAGCAUGGCUAAUGCAGGAUUGUGCUCAAAGUCUGUGAGGGCUUAACUGACAAUCUUAACCAAUGAGCGUAAUCUUACAUGUCCUUGCUUUGCUCUAUAGAGCAUUUUCCUGCUGGAAAAGACUGGAUGUACUGUGGGUAAGUUGUCAAACUCUGCUAAAACUGUUUGACAUCUUACUGUGGGAUUGUGCCAGGGCACUUCUGGCACCAUCACCGCUACAACGUGCUGUUGUGGUUAUGGUGCUUGGAGUGUUUUUAUAACUGUAGAAUGGUUAGGAGAAAUCUCUCAUGACUGGCAGCCAACUGGCAAGUAGUGUGUUGGAUCAGAGCUCUAGACAUACUUCAUACCUCUCUUUUCCAGAGGGGUAGGUAGCUGAGUAUUAGUAUUCUAUGCCAGUUAUAAUUAAACUUGCUUUGUUUUGCAGCAUAACUCUCAGAAAUGUCAGGGGGUACAGAAAUCAUGGCUGUUCCUCUUGGAGGAAAUGCUGAUCCAGCGGGGCUGGAGGAACCAAAGAAAAUGACAAGAGAGGAUUGGAGAAAGAAAAAGGAGUUGGAAGAACAGCGAAAGUUAGGUAAUGCCCCUGCUGAAGUGGAUGAAGAAGGAAAGUAAGUUUUUUUUUAUUUUUUUUUUUUUUUUUAUUUUUUUUUUUUAAGAGAAUGUAUUCUAUUUGUAUUUACAAUGCAUAUAUAUUUAUAAACCUUUUUAUGUAUACAUUUUCUUGGUCUGUAUAUGCAAACACACUCUUUGGUGUAAUGAUUGUAUUAAAAAUGACAAAAUGUUAAGGGAUCCCACACAAAUGUGGACAAGAAUCCAAAGUUGGACAUUGUGUGCUUCUUUGAACAUCAAUAAACAUCAUUUUUGGAUAGUUGUUGACAUUUGACAUUACACAAAUAUAUCAACUAAGUGGUAAUUAUGCUUUAAAAAACGGCCCAGUUUUGAGAAUAAUCAGUCCCUGUCCCAUGCUAGGUUGUCCUGAUUAUGCAAUGUUUGCUUUUUUAAAAAACAUUUUUCUUUAAAUCGGGUAAAGUGGUACAAGUGAAAAUUACCUUUACCCUUAGUGGAGCACUGAAUAUUCAGCGCUACACUAAGGGUGUAGGCCAUUUUCACUUGUACCACUUUUUUUAACGGUUUAGCGUGGUGUGUGGGGAGGAGGGUAUUCCUACACAAAUGCCUAAAGCUGCUGGUUCACACGUUUGCACCUCAAGCCCUUUGAAUUCAACACACUCUCCUUUUGGAGUUUUUUUUUUUUUUUUUUCUUCUAUAAAUCUAUCUAGAUCUAUCAUUUUCAGGGGUCUUUGCUUGUUUUAGUCCUAGGGGGCAGUCAAAGUAGGUUUACUUACCUGAAGCUGUCCUUCACCGCCAUCAGUAUGCUGGGGAUCCUCUCAAGGUCUUGAUGCUUCAUCUUUCAGGAACCUUGCCAGUGCUAUAGUCUCGCGCAUGCGUAGGAGUAAAACACAGAUAGAGGAGACCGCGGGAGCCUCCAUAGAUCAUGUUAAGCUAUGAGUAAUAUGAUGCUUAAAUUCCCCCUAUGGUUACUUGUGACGGCUGCUGGGAUUGGCCAAAAGUUGACUCUGGAGCUAGCCUUUUGUCAACCUCAGAAUUGCCUAUAACACACCAUAGGGUCCUUCGUCCUUAUGGAAUCGUAGCUGCUUCUAAUCUCAUAAAGGUAUACCCUUCAUGAGCAAUUACUUAAGAACUGUCACAAGAAAAAUACAUUGACUAUUCUCCUUCUAUGUGUAUCCUGAUUGAUGGCUAUAGACACACAUAGUGAAGGCUGACAAAAAGGGAAAUGGCCAAUUAAGGGGAAAGAAAGAGGGCUUAAGUAAUUAACACUCUCAUGUUGCUACCAGGAAGAGAAGCAUAUAAGGUAAAUAAUCUUUGCAAUAUAGUUGAAUGUUAUGAGGUGGUAAAACCCAUUUGGUCUCUCCCUAAUUUUGUACUGAUUUUUAUUUUUUUAGGGACAUUAAUCCACACAUCCCACAGUAUAUUUCAUCAGUUCCAUGGUAUGUAGAUCCUUCAAAAAGACCUACUCUAAAACAUCAAAGGCCACAAGACGAAAAGCAAAAAGAAUUUUCCCAGUUGGGUGAAUGGUACAAGAGAGGCAUUAAAGAGGUAAUGAUUUGUAUUUAUAUUUGUACUUACUCUGGUCUGUUCCAUUUCCGUGAAAUUAUUUUUUUCUGCAGCACUUUUCAUCCUAUGCAACAAUGCUUUGGCAUUAUAGCUGCUUGUGGCUUAAAAGAACACUAUAACGUUAGGAACACAUGUUUGUAUUCAAACUUAGUGUUUUUUUCUGUAUAGAGAUUAAGAGCCUCCUUCUUUACAAGUAAAAGGAAAAAGGCACUUUUACUUCAUUUUAGUACCCUGGUGCGCUUGUCUAGUGAUAGCUGCUGCUCUAGGUAAGAUGAUAGUUAGAUUAUCUCGGCCAGUCCAAUGUUUCCAUAUAGGGAGGCAUUAGGGAGCUGGUGCACACUCGUGCAGUGUGUGAAGACUCACAAUGUUGAUCCUGGAAAGAUUGCAGGACAGCAACAAGAGCUAGUAGUUGUCAUGAGUAAUUGUCACUCGAGGUGGCUUUAGGUACAAAUGUAAACACUACCUUUUCUCAGAAAAAGGUAGUGCUUACAAUUAUCAUCUUGCUGGAGUGCUUUAAGUUGUAGUGGUUCUGGUGCUUGGACGGUCCAUUUAAUUGAUUUUUAAAAUCUAAGCUAAAAUUAAGUGAAAUCUUAUGAAGUUGCUAUGACAACAAAUCUUCUAAAACCCAUUAUUAGGUUUGUACUCCAUGUGGUGUAUAUCAAAUGAAUAUUGGUUAUUUAGAUAGAAUUGAUGUAUUCUUCACAAUCUUUAGUCUCAGAUUUUUUUUUUAAUUGGCUAUUGGUUGGAGCUUUAGCAUUGAACAGAUUAUUUUUUUUUCUUUAAAUGGCGUAAUACAGGGAUUUUUUUAUUUUUUUUGAGUACAGCAAUAUUUAGGGAAUUAUAAGGGUUUUUGACAUGUUGCUAUUUUAUCUUUUCAGGGUUCGAUUGCAAUAAAAUAUCGGCCAGGAGCAUGUGAAAAUUGUGGUUCUGUAUCGCAUAAGAAAAAAGACUGCUUUGAGGUAAUGUAUUUAUUUUUUGUUGUUUUAAUAGACCAAAGUUUCUUGUGAAAUCUGAAUGUUUUGAACUCCCACAUCAAAAAAAUCUGAAACACAUUCGCUUAUAGAGAGGCCAUUCUUAAACACCUUUUUUAUGAACUGGGCAGAUAGGAAAUCUACCUUUCCCCCAGGUCUUGCAUUUCUUUUACACUUCCCCACUCAUAAAAAGAGAGCGACCGAUGACUGCAUUAAGCCAAUCAACGGUGCCCCUGUCUAAUGCUGCCCGGGCCUUCUGUUAUGUAGGAAUUUAGAAAAUGGAAGGAUGGGGGGCAGAGUGAACUGCUGCUGGCACACAGACUUUGGGGUAAAACUAUUCAUGAACAGUUUAAGCCUUAAAGGUGAACCAGUGCCAGGGAACCCCAGCUUUUUUCGGCCCAAUGGGUCGGCAAUGUCUGGAGGAAGAAAAAUGAAGCAUAUGCUGAAAAGCAUACUCUGUCUACGGUUAAGCAUGGUGAAGCUCGGGGCUGCUUUGCAUCAUCUGCCACUGGAAAACAGCAGUGUGUGAAAUGCAAAUUGGAUUCAUUGAAGUAUCAGAAAAUGCCAUCCCGUCUGUGAGGUAGCUAAAGCUUGGCAGUCAUUGGACCUUCCAACAAAAUAAUGAUCACAAGCAUACCUCAGAUUCCACAUUGGUGCUUAUAGUGGAACUGACAGUUUGUUUUUUUGGUUUUUUUUUUGAGAAUUUUGCAAAGACCCCUGAAAUGGAGUUGUACUUGACUCAGGCUCGCAGCCGCCACCAUGUUAAUGCUGCAGGUUCUCUUUGGCUCCUGGCGCUUUAAUUGCCCGGAGCCACAUCGGUGUUGUACUCUUGCACAUGCGGGAUUCUCCAUAGCAUGAAUCCCACAGCUAUCAUUUGUGAUGGCUGCUGGGAUUGACAAAGGUUGACGGCUGAUCUCCUUUUGUCAACCUCAGGCUUGUGUAUAAGACAAAGUAGAUCCUACUUUGUCUCAUGGUAUCUUUGGAUUGCAUGUGAAUUUCAGUUGAAUUCCAAUGCAGUCUUAAUCCGUAUUUCAGAAAUAGUUAUAUCUUUAGGAAAUACUAAAAAGUAAGACAUCCAAUUUAAUAUGUAAAACUAAAUUAUAUAUACCUUUUAUUUAAAUUUCCAAUUUUUGUCCUAUCUGUUAAAAAAAGGAGGAACUGUGAUGUCAGUGCUAGCUGCACAAAUAUCCUUUAAAUGUCUUAGUCUGCAAAGCUAUGUGCCUUUUUUUUUUUUUUUUUUUUAAAUCCUUGUGCAAAAUGUAAGGCCAUAUUUUCAUGUUUUGAUUUUAGCAUACCCCUUUGUCUUCAAAUGGAUGCUUUUUUAAAAAUAAUUUCUGAUCACUUUUCCAGAGACCCAGAAGAGUUGGAGCAAGGUUCACUGGGGCAAACAUUGCCCCUGAUGAACAUGAUCAGCCCCAGUUAUUGUUGGACUAUGAUGGGAAGAGAGACAGAUGGAAUGGCUACAAUCCUGAAGAACACAUGAGGAUUGUUGAAGAGCACGCCAAGGUUGAUCUGGUAUGUUGUUUCUUCUGCUUUUGUCCUUUAUUCUCAUUCAAAUGUUGACAAUGUUGUCAUUCUUACUCUGUUGGUAAAGUAGAAAAUACUUAAAAUGUCUGUGCACUAGUAACUUGUAAAAGCACCCAUGUAAUGCAGAGAAUGGUAAAAUGUUUUUAACUGAGUCGUUAAUCUAAGGCACAGAUAUCAGAAUGCAUUCUAUUCCAGUGUUGUAUUAGGUACACAUGCAGGCAUUUGAUGCUCUAAAAAUGUCUUGCAGGCAAUCCCAAAGUACACCAUGUGCACUUUGUAGGGUAAAGUCAUUAUCAACUGAUCUCUAAGUACUCAGAAAUGUUAUACGCUAUAGGGUCAGGAACACAAACCUGUAUUCCUGACCCUAUAGUGUUAAAACAACCAUCUAGCGCCCCUGACCUCCUGUUGCCUCCCUAAAUAUAGUAAACUCUUACUUGUAUUCAAGUCUGAAGCUGCUGGCUCUGGCCCUGAACUGCCUUUACUGUGUUUCCAGCAAAAAGCCCAAAGGGAUUGAUUCUACUCAUUAGAACAAAUACAAUAAGCUGUAGUUGUUCUAGUGACUAUAGUGUCCCUAUAAUGUGUGUUUGCUGUAAUGAUGAACGCAGAACUGAGUUUCUUUUUGACUCUUAUUUCAUGUUCUCUUCCUUAGAGCUGGUAGAUCUCAUGCAGCUGACCUUUAACUUUUUUUUUAGGCUAGCUGAGAAUGAUGAUGUAGUUUAACAAUUGGAGAGUCAGAUAGUUCUUCAGUAUCUGCCUGUUUAACACUGCUAGUGUAUCUGAAUACAUGAAUAAUAUAAUUAAGGAGUAAAGGUAGAAUUCUCAGAAUCCCUGUCCUAUGAUCCUCACAAUAAAUCUCUGGCCUCUCAUAGAAAUCAGUGGGAGAAGCAAUGCAAAUGUGCAGUGCUUCAUCCAUAAAUAAAUAAUGGGAACCAUCUCCGUUUUGUGCAAAACAGACUCAAGUUCUUUAAUUCACUUUAAUGGAAACUCUUGCAGCAGUAUAAAUAAGCAAGCAAGUUUUGUCCAGUCUUAAUAGUAAAUGCCUCACCUGCACAAAAUGAGUCAAAUAGUCAUAGGGAGGUGUAUAGGUAGGAUAAAAAAAAACUCCUAUCAUCUCUCUUAGCAUGCAGAAAAACAUUGGCACUACAUCUUGAAUGUAGUUCUUGUAAUGUUCCUAGCAUCAUAAUCACUAUGUAUCUCUGUAAUAUUUAUGUGCCAGUAGUGUCCUGUUUCUCAGAUUUGCAUAACUCUCAGUUGGCUGUAUGGACUGCUAUAUAUGAUAAUGGAAGUUUCAUAAUGCUUGAAUUAUUAACUCUUUUUCUUUGCAGGCAAAACGUACAUUGAAAGCGCAAAAACUGCAGGAGGAAUUGGCCUCUGGAAAGCUUUCAGAGCAUGUGGUGAGUAGUAGUUUGUCACAUUUUCUGUUAUAAGGUUCUUCAAUGGGGCAAAGCCCACUUCAGUCCAUAGCACUUCCUCGCAGUCAUUAAUUUUCUGUUAUAAGGCUCUUUAAUGGGGCAAAGCCCACUUCAGUCCAUAGCACUUCCUCGCAGUCAUUAAUUUUCUGUUAUAAGGCUCUUUAAUGGGGCACAGCCCACUUCAGCCCAUAGCAAUUGGGCAUAAACUCCCUGAGCAACCCCCUUCUCCCCCACCCAUCACUCAAUCCUUUUUUGAUUUGUUUUCAAUAACCGUGCUCUCCUUUCACCUAUGGCUUGGCCCCUCUACGGCUGCUUCGGUAAUUUAGAGGUGGUCUUACUCAUUAACCUAUCUGACUUUGGGUUAAAAUUGCUGAAAGAAAUUAACAGUUUGCUGUAAAUAAAUGUACCCACAUACUGUUUGCACUAUAACCACUCGACUGGAAUUUCGUAGUUCUGGUCCUUAGUUGUAAAUUUGGAAAAUGUUGGAACAGAGUUGAAAAUGUCCAUUGGUUUUGAUAAAUAAAGAUAUAGCCUGCUCUUUGCUGCAAAACUACCCAAAUAAAACAAGUGGAUCUUUAUCAGAAGGCAAGUAUAUAACAUAACAAAGAACUUGUAUUUGUUAUUUGUGAUUAAUUCAUAAAGUCAUCCCCCUCCUCCUGUGUAAUAUCUUGUUUCUUUAUACCAGAACUCCCCAAGACACCAGUGGGGAGACGAUGAACAGAACACACAGACAGUAAGCAGACCACCAAAAACUAAAUGAAUGUGAAUUGCAUUAUUUCUUUGUGACCAAACUUCCUGAUUCCUGGGAUGUUUUUUUGUCCUGCAAAUUGCUCUCUUACAAAUGACCAAGCAUGCUGCAAUUUCAGUGCUGGGUUCUGAGACUGUGUCCAUGCAUCUAAUAUGUAUAAUAUCCUACACAGCAGCUCAAAAGCUUGCAUUCAUACACUUAUUUAAACUAACUGAUCACUAAAUGCUAGCACAGUGGAUGGUAAAACCAGUUCCAGGUUGAUGUAAAGGGACUGCACAGCAUAGCCGAUAGUGUGGGACAACCUGGGAAAUGGACAUGUUGUUUUCAUUUAAAUGUUUGUGUGUGCAUAACUCUGUAUUACUGUAUAGUAACACUUGAGAUGCAUUUUUACUGAGUGGGAGUCCUUUUCCUCAAUUUUCUGAAGCUUUGUGGCAGUACUAUAUUGCACUAUUCUAAUACAUGUUAAUGUACCUUGCAGGAGAGAGAUCAUAAUAGUGAAGAUGAGGAUGAAGAUAAAUAUGCGGACGACAUAGACAUGCCGGGACAGAACUUUGACUCCAAGAGGCGCAUUACAGUCAGGAAUCUGCGUAUCCGCGAAGACACUGCCAAAGUAAGAUUUUGAUUUUAAUACUGUGGGGCUUUUUUGGGGUGGGGUUGUAAGGUAAUUUGAUUUAUUGGUAGUUAGAAGGAUAAUGCAAAAUUAGAAUCUUCAAUACCCGCUUAUCUUUAGUCAUUUUAGUCAAAAAUUUGAGUCUAACAAGUACAGUGGAAAUCAGUUGAUUGUUCCUGCUUAUUACUCACUAGAACGUUGUCCCAAAUAACUCUCUUAAAAAAAAAAUAAUGCUUUUGUUUAUCUUCUAUGGUGUAAAACAAUUUUACGUGUGUGUGUAUAUAAUUUUAUUCAGACCUUAAUGCUUUCACCUUUUUAUGUUCCAGCGUAAUGCUACAAUUAUUUAUAUUUUAUUCUUCGCAAACAAUCUACACUAAAAGACCUGUAAUGACAAGGCAAAAACAGAUGUUUGUAAACUUUGCAAAUUUAUUAAAUACAUUUGGAAAUAUCAAAAUGACACAAGUAUUUAGACCAUUUGCUAUGAUAAUUGAAAUUUAGCUCUGAUGCAUCUAAUUUCUGGAUCAUCUACACUCUGCUUUGAGUUCUGGGGAAAAUUCAGUUGCUUGGACAUGAUAUGGGAAGGCACACGUUAUAUAAGGUCUCACAGCUGUAAAUACACAUCUUAUGUAUUUGGGAUAUUUCUGGUUUGUUUUAAUAUAUUUUCAGUGAUAUAAAAAUUUCUAUUUUCCUUCGUCAUUAUGGUGUUUUGAGUAUAGAUUGAAGUAAAUAAUUAUAGCAUAAGGCUGCAACAUAAAAAAAAAAAAAAAAAUUUGAAAAAAUGAAGGUGUCCAAAUACAUUAUGAAUGCACUCCGUGACUGACUGUUUAUCAAUCAAUCUGUCUCACUCUCUGUAGUAAUCUGAAUAUAGUGUGUGUGUGUGUGUGUGUGUGUAUUUAGAAAAAAAUAAAAAAAAAUAAAAUAAAUAAAUAUAUAUAUAUAUAUAUAUAUUUUUAUUUAUUUAUUUUGUGGCGAAAGUAACCCCGUCACUAGUUUUUGGAGGGGCCUGUUUGCCAGCCUCCUACCCUGUGACCCUGGCCCCAGCAAUAGACCUGGCUAAAAUACUUUAAACAGGCUCUGUUCAUGUAAGUUAUGUACUUUUGUACUCCAGACAGAGAGACCGACCGUUAGCCCUGAUUCCCUGGAACUAUUUUGGGCAUAGGACCAUGUGCACGGUCGGUCGGUCAAAAAUAAGACUUCCAGGAAAUUCCUGAACUGAUCUGGAUGAUUUUUGGAUAUGUUGGUCACCCAGAUCAGGGCUAAUGGGGUUUUAUGUAUUUUUAGUGUACUUUUGGGGUGUUUUUUUCCUGUGCUUGGAGAUAAUUGGAUUAGAAUUUGUACAGUUACUGACGCAAUUAUCUCACAGGCAGAGGGGAGGGAUUGUAUGUUUGUUAUGGGAGUGUCGUACAUUUAAUUACUGUUUUGAUUGGUUUAUAAGCUUUGUGUCCCUGUCCCCAAUAAGGUCCAUGUAGGCGUACACCUUGCAUAAAAGGCUAGUGUGGCACCAUUAAAAUUGAGUUCAACAUAGUCUCAUCUCAUGUGUGGGGGAAAUGGCUGUAUCUACCUUGGGAAUUGCUAUAUCACUAUACUCCCAUGGGAUUAUAAUCACUAGCUCUUUUAAGAGCUGUUCCUGCAAUGCUCUCUGGAGUAGGAGAGGUUCAUCCACUGGAAGCUGUAUCCUGGUCUUGGAUCCAGGGUGGAUGGAGGAUGGCGAGUUCCCAGCCAAGCUAUAACGCUGGAUGUGGGGACUACAGUGAUGAUGGUGUCGGGUGGACUGCUUGGAGCCCUCGGUAAGCACUAGGAGCAUCGACUGAUGGAGGCACCCAGUGGGGGUGCCAGGCGGUCCGUCACAAAGGGCUUAGAAUUUUAAGACCUAUGCUACUAGUAAUGCUCUUAAAGUUACUUGCCAAUGAAAGCCAUAGUAGUAUGCUAACCAGAUGUGAAAUUCUAAUAGCCAGGGCAAAAUUUUCACUUACCUGUGGUGAGUGGCAAUUUUUAGCUGUGUAUGUACAUAUACGUGUUGUAUCAAAAUGCUCUUUUUAUGUAAGCUGAAUGCAACAUGAAACAUUACCGUCUCUACAUAAUAUAUUGAAAAUGAAAGUGCAUUGUGUAGAAUCUGCAUUUAGGUGUUAAUGCCCUAAAGGAAAAUUGUGUAUAUUUUAGUAUGAAUAAUCCUAUGAUUUGCACCUCUGACUCGUAUAAAAUAUUUUUAAUUUGUAGUACUUGAGGAACCUAAAUCCAAACUCAGCAUAUUAUGAUCCCAAAACAAGAGCCAUGAGGGAAAAUCCAUAUUCUGACGCAGGAAAAAAUCCAGAAGAGUAAGUAUAAUUAAAAAAAAAAAAAAAGCCUACAUAAUUUCUUCUAUGGCCUAAAGGUAAUUCUAGGGACUAAGAAUCAGAACCAGGUAGUUUAUAGCCAUCAUAUACACUAGCCCUGCCCCAAAAUUAAUAUUUUUAUAUUUAUUUUUUAGGGCUUGUAUUCUUUAUUUUAAAGGGACACUAAGCAUCAGAACCACUAUAUUUUAUUGUAGCCCCUAUCUUUGUAUUUUGACAAAUGUAGACCUUGCAGUUUACAUUUGUCAAAAUAACUGUGCUUAGGUUUGUUCAUCAGUAUGCCUUAAGAAUUUUCUCGCAAAGAGUUUAAAUUAUUUUAAAGUCUUUACUGUUGGCGUCAUGGCACACAGUUUGACGUCUUUGAACACUUUUAUUUUGCAGGGGGUGGUGAAGGUCACAUAAUGUUUAUAUAUACUUGUAUUUAAUGUUAAUAUUCCUUUGAUAUAUGGUUGGGUACUGAUGGUGCAGCCAUAAGGAAAUUAUAUUAACGAUCUUGGAGAUUAGGGGGAAAAUAAACAGCAGCAGAUAUAUACAAAAUUAUUAUUCUUGUGCUAUGCAUGGAAAAUGUGACUUGAGACCAGCUAGUGACACUAUAACUAAGAUUUAAAGCUUGGUGCAUAUAGAGGAGGAUUAUGGAGGUGUAACCAAGGUAUAAAUUUCUGCAUUUUGAGUUUUAGGCAACACUCCAAGAUGAAAUAAGCCUGCAUUGACAUGCAGUCAACCGCUAAAGCACUUCAGCAAGCUGGAGUAUUCCUAUACGUAAAUCUUAACGCAGUCCAGACUUUAUUUGUUUAUUUUAGAGAUGAUUUGAUUUAGACAUUUACCAAGAUAUUGUGCAACCCUAGCCAAUGAACCAAAAUCUAGGAAUUGGUUUGUCUAAUUCUGACUAGUAACUUUACAAUGAAUCUUUGCACAUGUCUAUUGUGCAGCUCAUGCCCAUGCAGUGCCAUUGGUCAAUUCUCUGCAAUUUAAGAAUUAAACCACUUUUAUUUCUGGUAAUGCCUCCCUAGACACACCUCCCCUGGGUGUGACUCAGGCAGAGGUAAAUUUUUAAUCCAGUCUUACAGCUCAGUGUGUUUUAGUUCAUAUUUCCUUCUCUGUUAAUUGAGCUUUAAUCCCACACAGGAGGCUGUUGCAGGCUGUAACAGGCUAUUGAUAGGACAGAAGAUAAAUUCUAAAUUAAACACACUACGUAAUAGUGUCACUUGGAGUAAGUGUGGCUAGGGCUGCAUGAACAAUGUGAUUUAACUCCUAAAUGGCAGAGGGCAUGAUCUAUAAACCACUUAAGUAAGCUAAUAUUUUGGUGCUCGGUUUGUACCUUUUAAGUGUUCACUUGUUCUAUUGGCCAACUUAAUCUGUGUAAAAAGAUUUGCACAGUUAAUUAAAAUAUUAAUAAAACGUUUUGUUUUUUUGUUUUGUUUUUUUCUUGUAUGCUUAUGAAAUUAGUCUGUUUCUCAGUAAAGAUGUCAGUCGUUUAAUUUACAUGCAAUAUAUGGGCAAAAGUAUUGACGCUUCUCUUUAUUAUUGAAUUCAGGUGUUUCAAUCAGACCCAUUGACACAUGUACAAUGCAGUCUGCAAUUAUAAACAUUUGUGAAAAAUAGGUCUUUCUGAAGAGCCCAGUGAAUUCAAGUGUAGUACUGUGAUAGGAUGCCACCUUUGCAAUAGUCAGUUUGUGAAAUUUUAUCCCUGCUAGAUAUUUCAUGGUCACCUAUAAGUGGUACUGUUGGAUAGUGGAAUCGUUUAGGAACAGCAGCAACUUGGCCAUGAAGCCGAAGACAACGUUAAGUCACAGAGCAGGGUCACCGAGUCUGAGGUGCAUGGUGCGUAAAAGUUGUCAAUGCUAUGCAGAUUACAUAGCUGAAAAGACCAAAACUUCCACUGGCUUUAAUAUCGGCACAAAAACUGUGUGGCGAAAACUUUGUGGGAUGGAUUUCCAUGGCUCACAUCACCAAGUACAACGCAGAGUGUCAGAUUGAGUGGUGUAAAGCAUGCCUCCAUUGGACUCUGGAGCAAUGGAAACGUGUUCUCUAGAGUGACUAAUCUCGCUUCUCUGUUUGGUAGUCUGAUGGUUGACCUUGGGUUUGGUGGAUGCCAGGAGAACAUUACCUGCCUGACUGCAUUGUGUCAACUGUAAGGUUUGGAGGAGGAGAGCUCUGACAUCAACCCAAUCCAUCAAACACCUUAGCUGUGUCUAACCUCACAAAUGCUCUGUUGGUGAAUAGGCAAACAUUCCCACAGAAACACUCCAAAAUCUUGGUGAAAGCUCCCAGAAAAGUGAAAGCUGUUAUAGCUGCAAAGGGGUGAUGAACUACAUAUUAAUGUCAGUGUUUAGAAUACAGUGUUAUAAAAGUACCUGUUGGUGUUGGUCAGGUGUCCCAAUACUUCUGUGCAUGUAGUAUAGUUUAUAAUCUGCUAUUCCUGGAAUUGGGCAACGUUUAUAAAGGAAUUACAAGAUGUAAACCAAAAUCGCUAAAUUGGGAAAAUCUCUAAUUUUAGUUUGCAAAUUUUAAGCCAAAACAGUCAAACUUUGUCAAUUUUCCACAAUUCCAGUUUAAAGAAUAGUACCCACUGGGUUUUUAAGUAAAGUUAGAAUUCAAAGUAAAUUUCAAAAUUUAGACUAAAGUAGCAGAACAGAAAAUAUAGUUGAUUUGGAUUUUUUUUUUUCCAAUUUGGCAAUCUUGACUGUAAGUUUUAAAUUGUUGCCUAAUUUUCUUAUUUUCUAUGCAGAGUGAGUUAUGCUGGAGAUAAUUUUGUCCGUUAUACUGGAGACACUAUUUCUAUGGCACAAACACAAUGUAAGUAUUUUUAGUUAAUAUUUUGUGAAAUUAUAUAUUUUGGAGAAUUCUUGGUCUCGGCAAAACUGCUCUCUCUUGGAUCCACUCUUAACAACGGGUCCUUUUCUGUGUUAUUUGGUAACUUCCCCUCCAUACCUCUAACAGAUCGAGUACCUAAAGGCUCUGUCCUAGGUCAUUGGUAGGCAACUUUUUAGUAGUACUGUGCCAAAACAAGAUCUUGAAGCAGUGUUGAUUUAGACAGCCGUUUAAUUUUAGUCAUCUGAAUUGUUUUAGUCCACUAAAUAUCAUAAAAUUUUAGUCGACUAAAUCUGUAGUAAAUUUAGUUGAUUAAAAUCUGUGGGUCUAGCUAUAGUGUAAUGCAUUAUUUAAGCAAUUCUCUAGAAUUUCCAAAUUUAUUAUAUACCUCCAGAGUAAAAGUUGCUUAACUAAAAUUGUUGUCAAAAUUAGCACCGUCUUGAAGUCCCUUGUCAUGCCAGUCCUAUUUAUUAAAUUGAGGGGUGUGUGUGUGUAUGUUGCCGUAUUCUCCUUGUGUUAUUUAUGGGUGCUGCAGUUGCUUUAUAGCGGUGUAUUUGAGCCUCUCCCUUCUUCAGUUCAUACUAAAUGCCUCUGCCAUGCUAACUGACCUUACUUGUCAUUCUGUAUCUGCUGCUUCUCUUUGUGAGUCCCUUCAUUGGCUCCCCAUUCACAGCAGAAUUAUAUUUAAGAUUCCCACUGUGACUUACUAAUGCUGAUCCCCACUAUCUGUCCUAACUAAUCAACAAAUAGACUCCAGCCUGCUCCAAAGUCAAACCAUGACUUGCCCAAUACAUGUUCCAUAAUCAUCUCUUCCCAUGCUAGACUUCAGGACUUUGUUGUGCAGCACCAAUCCUCUGGAACACACUUCCACACGCUGUCAGACUUUCCCUUAGUCUGCCUUCCUUUAAAUGUCCGCUAAAGACAUUUGUUCAUGGAAGCUUACCACUUAACUCUGUAAUUAAUGCAUUCCACUUACCUCAUUUCACUCUGUAUUAAUUCAUUGCGUACUCCUGUUUCUCCCCUCUCCAUCAAUAUAAGGGUAAGCAACUUUUGGCACUCCAUAUGUUAUGGACUUCAUCUCCCCUGGUGCUUUGCCAGCAUUAUAGCUGUAAGAUCAUUAUAGGAGGUGUCGUCCACAAGAUCUUGAGUGCCUAAGGUUGUCUACCCCGAUAUAGAUUGUAAGUUCCCACAGGAAUGGCGCCCUCAUUUCCACCUGUAUUUGUUUAUCAAAAAGUAUCUUAGAUUAAUUGUACCUUUUUAUCUUUUAUUACAUAAUACUUUUAAUUUAGAAUGAGAAACAUUGCACACAAAGAUCACCCUGUAUAAAGCAAUUAACAUUAGAAAGCCAUGUGGCUUUCAUUCAGGGAUCCAAACAUCCUGGUGGGUUCAUGCUGUCGAUAGUUUGCUACCGCACAGAUUGCUGGGGGGCCAGGGCUGGACUGGCCCACCGGGAUACCGGGAAAUUUCCCGGUGGGCCGUCGGCACCUGGGGCCGGGCAGAUAGCUGGGUGUAAUGGCCGCAGGAAGGGAGAGUGGUAAUGGCGGCCGCAGGGGGAGCUGUAAUGACGGCCGCAGGCGAGAGCUGUCUGUGCUCUCCUGCCCUCGCGCACUACUUAAUGAGACCGGGGCCGGAAUAUGACGUCAUAUUCCGGCCCCGGUCUCAUUAAGCUGUGUGCUGGGGAGCAGAGACAGCACAGACAGCUCUCCCCUGCGGCCGUCAUUACAGCUCCCCCUGCGGCCGCCAUUACCACUCUCCCUUCCUACGGCCAUUACACCCAGCAAAACAUGGGUUUUGACAAACUUAGGCAGCAUGUGCCCCAAGCCCAAGGUCCCAACAAGAAGAUGAGCAAGGUGGAGACCCUGAGAUCAGCUGUUCCUAACACUACACUGCUGGGGAUAGCUAAGAGGUUAGUGCACCUGACUUUAUUUUCCUUCAUUGUAUAUUGGGACUCUUCAGAGAUUAAACCGGUCAGUGUCUUCUAGUGACUCCUUAAACAUAAUUGCCAAGGACCGUUUGUGGCAAGUACACACACACACAUGGACACACAAGCACCCUGACAUACACAGAAACACUCAAAGAGAUAUACACAUGCUAAUACACACACAAACUCCCUGACAGACACGUGCGCACACACACACACACACACACACAAACAGCAAGACUCAAAGAGAUACACACAUGCUAAUACACACACAAGCACCCUGACACACACACACUGAAAGAAUCUCACACAGACAUACACAUAUUCCUCUCCAUUUUCCCGUGGGUCCGACUCCUGAAGCAGCUACAUUGGCUGUAGUUCCCCCCCCUGAUUUGUGGGACAGAAUGUUUAGUUUUCCUGGGACUGCCCCAGCAAAUUCAGGACUGUUGUCAACUAUCCUUAUGGCUGGGAUAAUGCACAAUAGAGUGCGUUUGAUUGUCUAGAGCUGUACUACAGUACUAUUAACAUCUUAUCAAUGAUAUUACAAUAUUAUUAUUUUUUAUUAUUCAAUGUAGUCAUUUGUCAGGUUUCAGACUUUAUCACAAAGUUUAUAUUCAUUUGCUAUCAAAUAGCAGAUGUGAAUGUCGAUUUUCUGCAGCACAUUUUACUAAUCCAGUCUGGUUUUAGUUUUAUUACUUUCAAAAUAUGUAAAUGGACUUUGGUAAUGUAGUCAUGCUGGGUACUUCUUUAUAUUCAUUAAUUUCAUAUUAACAUCUAAAUGGAAAGAACUCUGCAACAUAUACUACUUUAUUUUAAUAGCGGGACUUUGCGUAUACAUAGGCAUACAUUUUCUUUUAACUAUAUAAGCUACCCCAAAAUAACACGAAAUGAGCACUACAGAACUAAUGGGAGGGGAAGUGAGGGCUGUUUGGACAUCCGUUAGUGCAAUGGGUAUUCAAUCUUCAGCACUCUAAAUGUUAAGGACUACAUCUCCCAUAAUGCUUUUACAGCCAUAAUGCUGACAAAGCACCAGGUGACACAGGAAGCACCUCUAGUGAUAGUCUGAGUGACUGUCAGUAGAGGUUAUCACUAGUAAGCAAUGUAAACACUGCCUUUUCUCUGAAAAGUCAGUGUUUACAUUGAAAAGCCUGCAGGGACAGGCUAUAGAUACCAGAACCACUACAUUAAGCGUGUGUGUGUGCCUGCUAGUGAGUGAGUUUAUGUAUAUCAAUGAGCUUGUGUGUGUCAGUGAGAUUGUCUGUCUGUGUCUGCAUGUAAGUAUGCUUAUUUUUUAAUUAAACGUUUUACUCUGAAAGGACCAUUAUUUUUUAUUAGAAAUAGCAGUGUGUGUGUGUAUAUAUAAUAUCUCAAUCAUCAUGGGGUGGCAAGACAUAGCCUUACAUAUUACAUGCGACAAUAUAUGGUGCAAUGACCUAUGGGGCUGGCAUAGAUUUUUUUUUUUCAGGGCUGCUUUGUAUCCCCAGUCCGGCCCUGGCUGGGGCAUUGAGGGGCAAUAUCUAAACAGAUUUGUAAAUGAAACAAUUUUGGCACUUGGCUGCUUUCCAUUUGUAAUCUAAGACAGAAGAUUUAACAUUUAAAUUAGAACAUAAUAAUAAAUAUUUGUUAAUACAAUACUUCUGAAUCUCUGUAUGGCAACUUCUCUCUUACAAUCCAGUAGGACAAUCACCAGGAGUAUCUUUGUCUUUUUACUUUGACCAAUUAUAGCCAUGGAUAGAGCUGUGAAAUGUGAUGACACUUUAUAAAUAGUUUAAUAUUCAUACUUCAUAGACCUUUUUAGGAAAAUGGAUAGUUAUUUUGUCACUGAUCAGGUUAACAGCUACAGGAUGCAAGAAGCAGUUUUCUGAUUUUCUACAUUGCAAGAGUUUGAUUUUGCUUUGCUUACCUUUAUUUUGUUUAUAGUUUUCUUGCUCUAAAAUAUUUCAUCCGCAAAUACUUGGAAUAUUAAUUUUGAAUGUGUACACAGUUGUGUCUAAGAAUAUCACAGCUUGUUGGCCUUUGGAUAAUGCUAUUUUACAGUAGACCUAUAAUCAUUGUAUCUAUGCUCUUGCAGUGUUUGCUUGGGAAGCCUAUGAAAAGGGUUCAGAGGUCCAUCUACAGGCUGACCCCACCAAGCUAGAAGUCUUGUGCAAAUCCUUCAAAGUCAAGAAAGAGGACUUUAAAGAUGAGCAGAAAAAGACCAUCUUGGAAAAAGUAUAUUUUUGUUUGUUUUUUCACUGAUCUAAAGGGAAAAGGGUAUGGUAAGGGAUACAUUAUUUUUAUUCCACGUGUAAGCCAUUUGAUUCAUAAUAUGUACUAUUUUAUUCUGCAGUAUGGAGGGGAGGAACACUUGGAUGCUCCACCUGUGGAACUACUACUGGCUCAAACUGAGGACUAUGUGGAGUACUCUCGCCAUGGGACAGUCAUUAAGGGGCAAGAGAAGGCAGCUGCACGUUCAAAGUAUGAAGAAGAUGUUCUUAUUAACAAUCACACAGUAAGUGACUUCUUACAUUUUCUUAGCUGUGCUAGAUUUUUUUUUCUUUUCUUUUUUUUUUUUUCUUUUUUUUUUAAUGAAGCUGGAGACUAUUGUCUUGGUCUGCAAUGGAUAAAAUGUACGUCAUCAUUUAAUAGGCUAACAGACUGCCUUGUAUACAACUAGACUUGAUAUUAACCUAUACUCCUAUUCUACAUUUUAGCAAUAGUUUUAGAAUUCUUCGAUAUAGCUUUAAUAAGGUUGUGGGUUUUUUUUAUUUUUUUUAUUCUCAUACUGAAUAUACUGUAUUCAAAUGUCAUAUGAAGGAAUCUGUUAUAAAUACAUUGUUAGAUGCUAUAUCAAAUAAAAGGAGUUCAUAAUUAAAAUCUGUUUUAGUUUUUAGGAAGUGUAAUUUCAAAUGGAGGGGAAAAAAUAACUUUUUUUUUUUUUAAUAUAUGAUUAAUAUGAAUAUGCUUAUGUCAUUUUAUUUUUCUGUUGUAGUGCAUAUGGGGCUCGUAUUGGAAAGAUGGCCGAUGGGGCUAUAAGUGCUGUCACUCUUUUGUCAAAAUGUCUUACUGCACUGGUGAAGCUGGCAAAAGUAUUACUGUAAGUGUGUAUUGUACCUUCCACGUCUGUAUGUAAUAAUUAUUUUACCACAGACCUGCACGUGACUCUUAGCUCCCCUUAUCUGUACCACCACCAUAAGCACAAGUAGCCAUUAUCAUAUUAAAAUAUAAUUAUGCAACAAGCAUGAGCUAAUGGGGAGAAACUACAGAUUACUAAUAAAGUAUGUGUUGCUUCAUGUCACAAGUUAAUUUGUUGUUGAUCAACAUCGGUAUAGAUAUCUUAGCAAAUCUUAUACCUCCCAUAGUCUGCCAUGGUAUAAUUACAUAUUAUGUGCAGUCUUUUUUUUUUUUUUUUGGCUGUUUUGUGUAUCAGUGUGCUUUUGAUUUAUUUGAAUGUGGGGGCACACUGCAUAGAUUUGACGUUCUAAACUGCUAGUGAUUUUACUACUUAAUAAAUACAAUCUUAAAUUUGUUGGGAAAGAAAAUAGGUUGUAUCUCAUAAACUAAACCCUUUUAAUUGCAAACCUGAAAACUAAACCGUGGAAACGUUUGUUAAUAAUAAGACUUUUCAAAACGUUUUUGUAUUCCAGAAUACUGAUCUGUGUGAAGAGGACUUCAUGCCAGUAGAAGAAGAAUUCACAAAACCAAAGACUUUAGUUGAGGUAAGUUGGCAUGGCCAGUAAAAGAAAACACACAAGAGGGUGAAAAAGAAUAAGGUAGACAGUGAGUUUUAUUAAGUCAGGAAUUGCGGAGAACAUUCUGUGGAAGUGCAAAAUAUUUGAUAAAAUAGCUGAAUUGUGAAAAAUUGCUAAAUUCAGACAUUUUUCCAAAUUGUCUCUUUUGAGAGGUGAAUUGACCCUAACUCCCUCACCCCUCACUUCCCUCCCUCUCCCCAACAACAGAUUUCAUAUGUGCUCUGUUCAGAACCCAAUUUUCCACUUUUUUUUUUUUUUUUUUUUUAAAAUACUGCUAUCCUCUACUUUGAAUGUUCUCUUCAUGAGCCUGCACUUUCCCUGUUGAUACUCUGAAAUAUAUAACUUAUUUUUGCUCUAAUUAUAAAUUUGUUGCCACCUGUAUUUCUCAUUGCUGGUCUGUGAAACACUAUUUUUGGUUUAACCUCUUCCUACUCCAGAUUCACAAAGUGUUUUUUAUUUGAAUGUAUCAUGCAAGUAUAUUUGUUUGUUACUAAGCUCAUUGUUUUUUUUUGUUUUUUUGUUUUUUUAUGAAAUAGUCUGUUAUUAAAGUUUUGAUAAGUUUUUUUUUUUUUUAUAUAUAUACUAAGUCACAAAUAAAAUUGAAUUGCUUACCUGUUGAGUUGACUAAAUUUGCGGUAACUUCAUAUGUAAUUUUUUUUUUUUAGAUUCAUCAAGACAAAUUAAAAGAAAAGAAGAAAAAGAAGAAGAAAAAGCACAGUAAAAGUGUUGAUUCUGAUAGUGACAGCGACGAGAAGAAAAAGGAAAAAUUAAAGAAGGUGGGAGCUCUGAUGUAACUCUCACAGACACACACACACACACACACACACACACGCGUAUAUAGUCACACGCGCGCGCGCACACACGGUGUGUAUCUGUGUAUGAAUGUGCCAGUGUGUAUUAAUCUGACACACAGGCACAUAGUGGCACACAGAUACACACACCUUUACACACAGUGUGUAUCUGACCCACAGAUGCGCGCACGCACUCACAUAGUGGCACACAGAUACACAUCUUGACACACUCUGAUUCAAACAGUGACAUAUACACACACUUGCACCCACAGAUACAUACUCUGGCACAUACAUACACACACACACUCAGAUACACAGUGUCCUACAAACACAGUGGGGCUGCUGGGGUCCAGUGGGGCUGCUGAGCGACUGGUGUGCGGGCAGCGAGGGAGCAGUGAUCUCCCUGCUCAGCUUCCUUGUGCGCCUCUUAGUGGAGCCGGAGUGACGUCCUAUUCCGGCUCCGGCAUAACUGCUGUGCGCGUGAGGGAGCUGAGCAGGGAGAUCAGUGCUCCCUCGCCGCACUCGGCCAUUUUAUUUGUAAAAAUUUUGGCGCAACCCCAAUUGUGAAACGCUGCAAUAUAUAGUCUAGAUUUCAGCUUAGAGCAUUCAUUUUUAUAUUCGAUAAUAGUUAUAUGGUGACCUAGCUGGUUUGUUUGGUAUUUGGUAAUCAUCUAAUCUUGGUUACUUUUUCAAAAGUGUGUUUGAAGUGAGGUUCAAAGACAUUUUGAAACCUUAAUUGCUCAGAUUUGAGAGUUUCUGCCACAUUAGUGACAAUGUCAUACUUGUGUUAAACUCUUGUUUAUACAUUUUUGUAAACUUCUCUCCUUUCAUUCCAGGCAUUAAAUGCAGAAGAAGCGCGUCUGAAGCAUGUAAAUGAACUACUGCAGAUAGACGAAAGAAAGAGGGCAUACAACAGUCUGUAUGAGAUACGGGAGCCAACAGAGGAAGAAAUGGAGGCUUUCAGAAUGAAAAGACAGAGGCCAGAUGACCCAAUGGCCUCCUUCCUUGGACAGUAGUUUGUUCUUUCACUAAAUUGUGGGAGUGCUUUGUUGGUUUUUAAGAUUUUGGAAGGGAGACUAUUUGUACAACAGUACAAAAAUAAAAAAAAUGCGUUCUAUGUAGCUAUGUAAACUAAUGUUAAAAUAAUGAAAUACUUUGUAAUACUUUUUUUUUUUUUGAAUUCUUUAUUUUACUCGUGCAAAUAAUUAACAGACAAGUUUGCUCUGCCACAAUAGCUGAAGCAAACCAGAUGAUACACAGAAAGAAACACUGGCAUUGAAAGCAUUGCACAUUCUUUGGGUUAAGUGAACAAGAUAAACAUAAUAUAGCUUGACAUUGUAAUCUGCAUGGUUAUUGCUUGGAUCAGUUGGUGAUUAAUCAUGCAUGGCAGACAUCAUUAAAUAACACAGCAAUGCUAUUGACUGUCUCUUAACCUAAGUGAAGGCACUGUAUGUGAUAUUAUGCAACUAUAGAGAUAAUAGCAUUCUUAAAAGUUAACACUAUACGUGUGCUAUAAGUGUAGCUGACAACAUGGCAACUCUUAUGUUUGAAUGUCGCUAAACAAGCCACCUAUGUAUAAAAGGUGAGAUGAGAUGUCCCAGUGAUAAGGUCAUAAUCUGCGAGCUGGGACACAGGGCAGUUAUGAUGGUAUGUCAUUGUAACAAGAUGGUGUCCAUUGUGAACAUUGGGGACUCAAAGGUUAGAUGCUCAGCCCUCUGUUUUCAGGGUGUCUCUGGCUCAGCCAAUCCCCUGGUUCAGGAAGCUCCCAGGACUCCCGGUGGGGUAAGCAGUACCUCUCUUUUCUUCUCUGGUGGGUUUUGAUGCUUGGUGAGUAUCACGUUUGUUGGAGUGGUCGUUUGGGUCGCUCCUUGCAACCUUUGCUUAUUCCGGAGGGCCAUAGGCAGGUCUGUAAUGGGAGCUCUUGUAUUGGCAGUGUCCAGCUGCCCUCCGCCGCUUCUCCAUUGUCUUCAGCUUUGAGUAACGUCGCUUUGUGGGUGGCCAUGUGGCCGUGCCUUGCCCAGCGUGUACCUGGGUUUUGGAGCCCUGGGGCUUGCGGGGAGCUCUCCGGGUGUUUGGGUGAUUAUGGAUCCUGUGCUCGGAGUGGAUCUGACGUGCAGUCUCUGGUGCGUGCCUGUUUUUCAUGCAGGGUUUGGGAGGAAGGUUUGUGCUGUAGUCGUGUCCAGAAGGCCCUGCAGAGUUGGUCAAACCGGGCUUCGAAGCACUGCUUCCAUUGCUGGAGCCCUGGGUCUUCUGUAGCGUGUUCAGGACAUGGCUUGGCGGCCAUCUUAGAUGCUUCAUGCGAUUUGCUGCCGGACUGCAGUUCCCCCUGUGGUAGGUAAAUCUGAGUCUCCAGCGGGGACCGGGAUAUCCCCUGCUGGUCCAUUGGGGGGGGGGGGUUGCAGGGGAACAGAAGAGCUGCAAUGUGGUACCAACCCAGCGUCGGGAGAUCGGGCGGCAAUCAGGCUGCUGUUCAUGCUAGGCCUCAGAUGCGUAUCCUGGCAAACCGGCUUGGAUUGCUUCGUGUGAGGUAUUAAACUAUUCAGUUUAACUUUGUUUACCCAUCUGUAGCUCAUUUGAUCGCAUUUCUGGUCUUAUUUGUGUUUCGUCGAGUGAAAGAUUGUGCAGAGCAGGAGCUGUGCUUGUGUGCCUCUGCUCAGCUCUGCGUUCACGGCCCGCCCCUGUAAUUUUUUUUAAUACAAAGUUUCUCUACAUUCUGACCCUAACCAAAACUGAGGGCGCAGCUGACAGUUCUAAGUUAGAUAUUUUUAAUUUGCUAAGAGCAAGGUCUCGUGAAGCAACCAGAUCUACCAGUCCAGUGCAGCUCCUAAUAGAAAGCUGUAUUACGAAAUGAGUUUAUGGUAUGUGUGCAGUGGAAGACCAGAACUGUCUGUGACAUCUGGUCACUGUAGCAGGAAUAUAGCAUGACCAUUUUCUUCUUAGAGGCAUUCAGAUAUAGAUAUAUUUUCUUUUUGUCUUUUCCCCUUUUUUAUUUUUGCAAAUCCAAAAAGCUUUCACACUACCUUGAAGUCACUAAAAAAAAUUACAAAAAUGUCAAGUCUCAAACAUGAAUAAACUUAGUCAAUUAAUGGGGCCACACUUAUGUUACUGGCUCUUGGCACCACAUUUGAGUCUAAAUCCUAUUCUUGUGACAUCUGGUUCCUGUAAACAUUUUUUCACUGUAUGCAUGUAAAAAGCACAGGGUGCUUUGAUUUUGUAAAAUAUUUCCAAUCUACCUAACUUUUGCCCAGUAAUUACAAUAAGUUGACUUUUAAAAAUUUUUUUUAUUUUUUUUUUAACCUAUGUUCUGUUGUCAUUUAUGACCAGUCUUGAACUGCUAUCAAAAAGAACAACUUUGAAUUAUAGCAUAUUUUGAUAAAUAAUGUUGUAUACAAUGCCUGUGGUGAAAAAGUAAUACUUUUACGGUAAUACAUAAUAUUAUGUACUGGCAGAGUCCUUUUAAAAUAUCUCUGAGAAGGAACAGAAGUUUGGUCUUUGUUCACAUCAUGUAUGUUUAUUGCACUUUUAUAUCCCUGAUAUAUUCCCUGCAGAACUCACAUUUCUUAAACUCGCUGGAUAAUCCUUUAUUUUUGUAUAGCAUAUUAACUUUCAGUGCAACUGAAAAUAAACAUGUGAAAAUGUAUUCAUAUUUACUGUAACAGACAGUACUGCUCCCUCAAAUUGUGAUUAGUCAAAUGUUAACUCAAACACUCCCUCUUCCCUCCAAGGUGUAAAAGUUGGCACAACUCUAAAUGUCCAUAUAUCUUCCCUUUCCUUCUGGGGACAGGUUCUACUUGGCAUUUAUUCUGCUUUUAUUUUGUAUCUGUAGCAUGAAAGUUUGCUUGUAACAAUGAUCCUUGGUUGCUUGCCCCAUUGUGCGGGUUGCCAUGUAUGCUGGAUACUUUCAUUCCAUUUUGGCCAGGUGUGGUAAAGUGUGAUCCUUUGUCUCUCUACUGUAUACUUUUUCAUAUAUGGAUAUGGUGGUUGUGUGUUUCCUGCCUGCCUUUGUCCAACCUCCUGUUAAACCUAUAAAUGCUUUCACAAGGAAAGGCAAGCUGCUAAGCGAUCUAGUUGGAUCACAGAAACUAUUCAGGUGGCAUAUCUAUUGGAUUGAAAAUCUCCUCCGGAUAUAUAUAAAAAAAACUCACUCCACUGGAGCAUUGCCUACCCCCUGGGCUGCUAAGGAAUUGGUAGCUCCUGAACAUUUAAGCAUCUUCACCAAAACACAUUUAUGAAGCAGUAUCAGACAUCUUUGGCAAAAAAAAUAAAAAAUAAUAAUUUUGACUAAAUGUGUUUGAAUUAGUUUUCUGAAGACCGGUUCCAUUGUUGUAGGUACAGCCUCUGUAUGCCAUUAAAGCACUUAUUUUAAGUGGAAUUUUUUCCCCCUUGACUUAAUGUAUUUUAUUUUUUAUUGUUCGUUUGUUCAAUAAGUUAUUUUAUUAAGCUAUACAUGUUACAUACACUUUCAUAGUAGCAAUGACCUAACUAGACAAAAAAAGUGUACUAUAAUAACAUUGUGGUAUAGUAUGUACAAUAACUGAUAACAUGACUAUAAGAUAGAUUGGCAUGUGCAGUCACAGAUACAGUAUUCAUUUCUCUUUUAAAUUAAAGAUAAAAACAUAAGUGUAUUGAAAAUUUAACAGUAGUAAAACCAUCUUGUAAUGUCCUUUAUGAUCUAAUAUACGUAAAACAUGGAAAAUAGUAAUGUAAGUGCUAUGUCAUAAAGAAAAAUAAAAAAAAAGGUAUUCAGGCUCAAUGGUCAUAGGAUUAAAUUCUUAUUUGUUAGCCAGGUGGAGGUCAC